GGCUCAAGGCGUUAAAGUGAAUGUCAAUGACCAUGAUGGCUUCACUCCUCUCAUUUACGCCAUCAUCAAUAGCCACACUCGAUGUGUAGAGAUUCUUCUGGAAAACGGUGCAAGUGCUGAACCACACAACGAUGGUCACAACCCACUCUCACUUGCUUGUCAUUACGGCCACACAGAGAUUACAAUGCUGUUAUACCGGUUUGGAGCCAAAAGCAUUCCGAACCCUGAAGGAUUGUACCCACUGCAUAUUGUGGCUAGAGAAGGUCAUAUCGAACUCUGCAAAAUACUGUCACAAGAAAAGGACAAUCUCGACGUUCCAGACAAGUACAGGCUGUAAGGUCAACGUGAAGGAUGAAAACGGAAAGACAGCUUUGUACUAUGCCGCUUGGGAAGGCAAGAUGGAUUGUGUGGAACUCUUGAUCAAAGCUGGUUGUGAACUGGAGACGGUAGAAGAUGCCACCAUGCAAGAUACAACUGAAACCGCUUCCGAUGAAAACAUGGAUGAUCUCGACAUCGACACCAUUCCAAGUCUAUCUUUACCACCACCCAUCAUACCAUUCCGUAUUUAUGGUCAUAACUAUUUGGUCAAGAAACACCAAGUCCAGAUCACUCUCGGUUAUCAUUCUAGCAUGCGAAAUGAGACCCCAGUUGUGCUUUAUGGCAACACGGAAAUGUCGUCCCUAAAACUAAUUAUUACAUCGCGACCGGAUACUGGCAUGAUCCCACACAGCGUUAUUUUACCUUUGGUUGAUGAAAGAGAAAUCUUUACCUUCCAAGUCAAUAACCUGGAAGACUUCUUCCUUGAAUUUGAUAUUUACCCAACUUUUGGCUCCAAAGUCAUCGGUCGCGGUGUGGCUUUACCCUCCGCCUUCAGCAUCAAUAACGCUCAAGGCGUUCUCAAGGGCAGUAAUGCAAAGCAAACCAUACCAUUAUUCGACAGUCACUUGAAAGUAGUUGGAGAGCUCACAUUUGAGUUUGCGGUUAUCAAACCAUUCCAUGGUGUUCAACUCGAAAUUGGCGGCCGUAUCGAAACAUACUGGAAGUCUACAAAUACCAUUGCCCCACCUCCAAUCUCAACUUCAUCGCUAUCAGCAUCCGAUAACGCAGUUCCUGGAAGUCAUACUGGAACGCCAUCAAUGUCAAAUCCUACUGCUGGUACCACUGUGAGCGCCGUCCCUUCAUUGAUCACCGCUUCGUCAUUGUCUGGCGAUUACUUGAAGGUGGUGGUCCAGGUGACGAGAGAUUUGGUGCCGGUCGUGUUUGCCAAUUGGCGACUUCCUGUCGACCAAUUUGACUUGUUCGUUUCCGAUGUCGCCUUUGACCAGUUCAGAGCUCUGGGAGAUCGAAUCACCAGCGCUAUCAAGGUCGAAAAUGUCGAUGGUGAAGGCGAAGUCGAUUACCAGACCGGUAACAGUAGCUUAAUUCGACAGUAUAGCGAUCAGCAACCUAUGAUAUCAUUAGAACAAUUGCUAAAGAACCUCCCACAAUCUAUGGGCGUCAAUUUGGAAAUUCGUUACCCUAUGCCCAGCGAUCUUGUUGAGCAUGGAUUUGCGAACAUUGCUGGUUGCAAUGACUAUGUAGAUGCCAUCCUUCAAUGUGUCUACGAUCACGUACAUGCUGCCAAUCUGGCCAACAGUAACAACGAUGAAAACGGGCCUGCCAAUCGAUCCCUUUUCUUUUCCUCUUUCAAUCCUUCCAUUUGUACGGCGCUCAACUGGAAACAGCCAAACUACGCUGUCUUCUUCAACACUCACUGCGGUGUUAAAAGGUCAGCAACGAGACGUGGUGGCAAGCGAAAGGAACCAGAUGUUCAUGUACCAUCGCUCAUCACUAACGUAAAGGAGAGUGGGCUUAUUCUGACGACGUUUGGGCCGGCCAACGUCAAUCCACAAAACGUGAAAGUUCAGGAGCGAUACGGUGUAGAAGCGAUGAUCAUUAAUGGUAUCACACGUUAUAAUGGCACAGAUUCAUAGGAAAUGAAUGUGAACAAGCUUGUUAUUAUUUAAUUCUUUUUUACUUCAUGUACACACACUCGCAUACAGUCAUACAAAUCAAAAAUCCCAUUAUACAAAAUUUUUUCUUGGUUCGCUGUUCACAAUAGAAGUCUUCGUACAACGACCUUCAAUUGCUUGCUGUGCACUUUAUCAUCUUGA